AGUGUUAAAGCUUACAUUACCACUAAAUUCUGUUUAGGUCAUGUCAAAAUAGUGAACCAAAAGAUUACUACUAUGGCAAAGAAUCCGAAAUAUCACCAAGCUUUACAGCAGUUGACUGCCGAUUUAGUAUCUUGUUUGACAAGAUUUCCUGUUGGAAGUGAGAAUUAUGAAUCUUGCCUGGAAUACUCGAUGUCCAAUAUAAAAUACCACAGGUUUCUUGAAGCAGAUGGACACAAAAUUGAACGCCAAAUAUCUGGCCUACAAGACAAGUUCAUGAUAUAUUCUCAACCACAAAAGGCACAAAGGUUAGGAGAAAUGUUUCUUCAGUUUGUAAAUAAUGAUAUCACAGAGAACAGCUUGGCAAAAAGCCAGGUUCACUUUAGUUUACUCUCUAUCAUAUUACAUCUGUCUCAUCACCCUAUUGAUAAAGUGUAUGUAAAACCAAAGAGAAAAAUCCUCCAAGAAGAGCAGGACUCUUUUAACUGGGGUGAGUUUCUCUUGGAAGGAGAGGAUCAACCAACUUGGUCCUCUUCAUCUGAAGAAUCUGAUCCUGAAGAUUUUCGUCCCGACGAAGCAGAAAGAAAGUCAUUGUCAGGGGUAAAUAUCAAUCCGGUUUUAAAAGUCAUUUGUCCUAAACAUGAGACAAAAACUCAAGAAAUCAAUCUUCCUACAGCAGUUACUCCAUAUUGGAACAUUAACAAACAGGAAUAUGAGGUUCCUAAAGAUUUUGAACGACUUUGUUCUUUAAAAAGUUAUAAAGCUGUAACUAACAGUGACCAAUUAAAAGAGAUGCAUGUGUUACGUGAGAUCAUCUGGCUUCUCUCUGGUCAUGAUAACUUAUUUAUAUUUCAGUAUAAAGAAGGUUUCUACUCCAUAUCAGACUGUGGUGACUUAACACAUAUUACUAAGACCAGUGUUAAAAACUCCUUGGAAAUUUUUGUAGAACAUGCAAACUCAUUAAAGUUAAUAAGGUUGUUCCUAAAUUCAGUUGAAGCACAAGUGUGCCUAACUUACCAAGCUUUUGCUGCAUCUUUGCGAAGUUAUAUUCAGUGGUUUGAUUCUGAUUUACUCGCUCUUGAAAGCAAGGUUAAGAGCCAGGAGGAGAUAUUUCUGAUUUGCGACAUUUCCAAGUCUUUGCAGUUUCAUUUCCAAGUGAUUUCUCUUUUAAGAGAAAUCUAUGAUAGCUCUUUGAAAAUGGACCAAGCAACAGACACCAAUGCAGUGAAAGCUUCACGCUUGCUAAGCACACUUUACUCUGCUGUUAUAACUGAGUCUAUGGUUAAUAAUACAGGUGCCGAUCAAGGCAGAACAUGCCUGCAUGUUGUGUUGAAGCUUUGGCUGCAAUCUAUUAAACCUUAUCUGGAUAUUUGUGACGGAUGGAUCUCAUCUGGAACUUUAAAUGAUCGCUAUAAUGAAUGGCUGUUGUGCCAUGCGGAGAGCUUUUCUGAUUGCAGGAAUGCAAAGUUCUGGAAGAACGCUGUGUUACCUGCUGUUCAGUCUAUUUCAACUUCACUGCCAUGGUUGGACAGUGUGUUGGGCAUGAUAGUUAUAGGUGGCAAGUCAAUGGAAAUUAUUCAGACGCUAAAUAUGUUGAACAGAGAAAUCGGUGUGAACGGUAAAAUUAAUCUGCAUCAACCUUCAAGGCAGAAGUUGUUCGAGCAAUUUGAAAACAAGUUUCUGUCGUUGGUGUUUGGAGGAAAUUAUAACCAAGUCAACCCCAAGGAGCAAAAGAUGAAGUCUUUAUCGAAUGAGCAAACUGAGAAUGAAAUAUUCAAAAACAGCCUUAAGCUUCUCUUUAGCACUGAUUGUUUUACUGUGAGAAAGGAAAAUAGCAGCAAAUAUUAUCAGGGCUUUGUUUUAAAAUCUCCAAUCCCAGUUUUGAUUAAAGAAAGUAUUUCACCUUUGGUGCAAGAAAAAUGCGAACAUGCCAGCUCAAUGUUGCUAGAGGUGUUUAAAACAAGGUUUGGUCUUUCUACUUCACUUGAGGUGUUUCAUAACUUCUACCUAAUGGGAUGGGGUGAUGUUAUGCAUGUAUUUGCCACUGAAAUAUUCAAGCUGCUUCAGCACCAGACCACUUUAAACGACGACCCUGUCAGUUUUAAUAUUAUUCUGCAAGAAGCCAUGGCCAUUAGAUGCUCUCAGUCACCUGGAGUGUUUGUGAGUAUGAAUAUGGAUGGCCAGGAACAGAAUACUGGACUGCUUGGUAUGAAAAAGAAAGUUGUCCCAGGAAUACACCAGUUAAUACAUGCAACUGACUUUAUUGAACUUCAAUGCCCUGUAGAAUGGCCGGUGAACAUUGUUAUUACUGAGCAAAGUAUGAUGACUUACAAAAGACUGUUUAGUUAUCUGAUGCGAAUAAAACGUGCAGUGUUUUGCCUUGAACAGCUAAACUUUUGUACGAUUUAUGAAAAUGAAGAAAAAAUUUCAACGGAAUCGAAUAUUAAAUGUCACCGAUUGUCACUGCUUCGGCAUAAAAUGUUACACCUCCUACAGCAGUGGUACAGCUACAUCAUGACUAGUGUUAUCCAGUCCGAGAAGCAUGUCUUCCUUAUCGCCAUGGAAGAAGCUCAGUCGCUUGAUGACAUCAUUGCUGCGCAUGAGCGAUUUUUGUCACGCGUUUGUCUGCACUGUCUGAUUGACGAAACAACACAAGCAGAAAAACUGGUCCAAGGCACAAUGAAAAAAAUCCUCACUUUUUCGAUAACAUUUCACAUGUUAUGGUCAUUGGGUGUUGAUAAUGUUAGUUUUGAUUUAAUAUCAAAACAUGAAUCUGACUUUAAUGAAUGUAGUGUGUUUCUUGGUCGUAUUUUAAGAACCAUAGCAAACCGUGGCUCCAUACCUAGACUUAAUGCACUUGCUUACUCAAUUCUAUAAAUACUUAGUGUCUUUUUUUUUGUAAAAUUUUGGUUUCUUCUGAUUUAUGUUGAUUUUUGACGAACCAUAAAAGUGCUGUUUAGCCAGGGAUAGCUUAUAAUUUUUUUUUCCUACAACUGUUUAUUUUGGUA